UCUUUAAAAAAAUAAGAAUGUACUUAUUUUGAAAUUUUGUUCUUAUUUUUAGGAAAAUAAUUUAUAACUGAUCGCUUUUACGGCUUUUAUAUUUAUAUUAGUAUAAUUUAUGAAAUAAAUGUCGAAUAUAGAAAAGAGUGAAAACAAUGCACAGAAUAAUAAAAUUAUUGAUAGAAUUCCAUUGCUUCGAACGCAAUCAUCACCAGAAGUUGAAGCAUCAAAGAGAAAUUUGCACAAUAGGGGCAAGAAUAGGUAUAUUUCUUCAAUUCCUCACUGGAAUUCAAUAGCAAAUCCAUUGGAUCUGCCUGAUAGCCAUGCCAAUGAUUUUGCAAACAGCAAGUCUUCUACUGAGUAUAUAACUAAAAGUUUCCAAUCUGGAUAUGAUAGCAGUAAUCCUCAUAAUGAUAUUUCCGCAAUGUCAGUAGUGAGUUUCUACAAGAGUGCAGAUAAUUUAGAGGACCAAAUGAAUACCAGCAGAGAUUUUUUGGAGACUGACAGUAAUAAAGUAGUUGACAACGAACUCAAGCAAUUUGAAGAAAAUGCACUUGCACCAAAUAUGAAAGCACCAAAUCACACUCAUUUAGCUAAUAUUAAGGAAUCAGUUUGUAAAUGUGAGAAAAUGACUUGUCCCCAUCCUACAAUAUUCUUUAGAGAUGGUUUAAGAUCUGUAGAUUAUGUCCUAGUUUGGGAUGCUUUAGAAGAGGAUGCUGUUAAUCCCGUUGCAUAUUCAAAGAGGCAAAUUUUUGAAUCAAAUUUGGUCAAAGAAGGUCUGGAAAUAGAAUACGAACCACAAGAAACAAGUGGACUUAAUUUUAUUAAAAUUCAUGCUCCAAGAGAAGUACUGAGAAGAUAUAGUGAGAUAUUAAAGUUAAGAAUGCCUAUGAAAGAGGAAUUAUGUAAACAGCCCAGAGAGUAUCAGUUAAAUUUUUUUGGUAAUCCCAGUUCUUUUUUUACUUGCAAGAUUCCAGCUCUAAGACAAGUGUCUCAACAAACAAACUCCAUUUUGGAAGGCAUCAAUGACCAGUGGGAAAAAAUUAAAGCCUGGGUUUUAGUAGACAAGGAAAAAUUUCCCGAAAAAGGUCAACAAAGAUUUACUGCUGUUUACAGUAGAGAUAGAGAAUAUUUAUUUGACACUGAGUCUCCUUGUUUCUUUACUCCAGCAAUUCAUUCUCGAAUUGUUCAGUUUAUUUUGGACAGGAAAAGGUUUAGUAACAAUUUCAAUGACGAUUUUGCGUUUGGAGUAGAACGCUUGUUAAAUGAUAAAAUUUAUACAGCUGCCUAUCCCCUGCAUGAUGGCGAUUUAAAAACGGAAGGUACUUUUCGUAAUCUCCUGUAUAAUGAAUGGGCUUCUGUAAGGAAAUGGUAUAGGUAUCAGCCGUUGGAUUGCAUUAAGGAAUACUUUGGUGUAAAGAUAGCUUUGUAUUUUGCUUGGUUGGGAUUUUAUACUCAUAUUUUGAUGCUACCUGCUGUAGUUGGGUUAGCAUGCUUUAUUUAUUCGGUUUCAACGAUGUAUAAUCAUAUACCAAGUAAUGAUAUUUGUAAUAUGGAACUAAAUACCAAAAUGUGCCCUCUAUGCGACGUGUGGUGUAACUAUUGGAACCUAAAGGAAGCUUGUGUUCAUUCUAGGAUAACUUACUUAUUUGAUAAUCCCACCACUGUAUUUUAUGCGAUUUUCAUGUCUUUUUGGGCUACGACUUUCUUAGAAAUGUGGAAGCGUUAUUCGGCCGAAAUAACGCAUCGCUGGGACCUGACUGGUUUUGAUGUUCAGGAAGAACAUCCUCGACCACAGUACUUAGCGAGAUUAGCACACGUCAAGAAAAAAUCAGUGAAUAUAGUAACGAACACUGUGGAACCCCACGUGCCUUUUUGGAAAAUCAAAGUCCCAAUGACGAUAUUUAGUUUUUCUAUCGUUUUGUUAUUGGUAAGUUUAGCUAUGGCAGCUGUUGUUGCUGUCGUUUUAUAUCGAAUGUCUAUGUUGGUAGCUUUAAAGGUCCAUUCUGACAAAGUGGAUAACAGUUAUGCCAUAUUAUUCACCACAGUCACUGCUGCUUGUAUCAACUUAAUCAGCAUUUUUAUAUUCAAUUAUAUAUAUACAUUUGUGGCACAAUAUCUCACAGAAUUCGAACUUCUGAGAACACAGACUGAAUUCGACGAUUCUCUCACUUUAAAAAUCUACUUGCUGCAGUUUGUGAACUACUACGCUUCUAUUUUUUACAUCGCUUUCUUUAAAGGUAAAUUUAUCGGUUCUCCCAAAGGAUACAAUAGAAUUUUCGGAUACAGACAAGAAGAGUGUGGACCAGGCGGUUGUCUAAUGGAACUUUGUAUUCAACUUGCAGUGAUUAUGGUUGGAAAACAAGCAAUGAAUACGGUGUUAGAAAUGGUGUUUCCUUUAUUUUUUAAAUGGCUUAAUACGUUAAAGAUCAAAACUGGACUUUCAAAAGAUCAAAUUUCGUGUAAAGGUUGUAGACCGCAGUGGGUAAAAGACUUCAAGUUAGUCGAGUGGGGCCCGAGAAGUCUCUUUCCCGAAUAUUUAGAGAUGGUUUUACAAUAUGGAUUUGUCACUAUUUUCGUGGCAGCAUUUCCACUAGCGCCAUUUUUUGCAUUACUGAAUAAUGUUUUGGAAAUGCGGUUGGAUGCAAAGAAAUUGCUCACGUACUAUAGGCGACCAGUGUCUCAGAGGGUCAGAGAUAUUGGUGUUUGGUAUAGGAUUCUGGAUUCAAUUGGAAAACUAUCCGUAAUAACAAAUGGAUUCAUUAUAGCUUUCACGUCCGAAUUUAUACCCCAACUAGUAUAUAGAAUGUCAGUGAGCAAAAAUGGCAAUCUGGAAGGAUACGUGAACAACUCCCUAUCCUAUUUCGACACGUCCGACUUUCACGGCGACUCUAAACCCAGGAAUACCGCCGUCGAACAGGUGUGCCGAUAUCCGGAUUACAGGAAUCCACCUUGGUCACCGGAGAAAUACGAACUCAACGCCCUCUAUUGGCACAUUCUAGCGGCAAAACUCGUGUUUGUCGUGGUGUUCGAGAAUCUGGUCGUGCUGCUUAUGAUUAUCGUAAAAUGGUGCAUUCCGGAUAUGUCCAGUGAGUUAAGAGACAGGAUAAGGAGAGAGGCCUACAUUACCAACGAGAUCAUCAUUAAACAAGAGACGAUUAGAGCACAAAAUGGAUUUUUAAGGGAACCUAACAAGGUGGAAAAAAUAAAAAAUAUCAACGAGGCUCCGUCGACGCCAGAACAGUGGGAUAGAUUAAUAAGUAAAUCUUUAUCUGGCAGUGAGUUUGAUCUUCUGGUUCACGGGGAAGGUAAUAAUAGUGCACAGGGAACAGUUCACACACCCAGCUCAAUAUAACCCUGACGUUCCUAUGCGAGUCUAGUCACGAAAGAUCUGAUUUUUACUAGGUUGAUAUUAUUCUAGUAGAUCUGAUAAAUUAGAUUUUAUAUUUAUAUAUUAUAUGGAGAAUUUAUUCUAUUGAUAAUAAUGUUUUAUUAUAUAUAUCUACAAUAUGCUUUUAUUAAAUAAUGUUGAUUUACUCAUACUUGUGAUAAUUCA